AGAGGAGUACGUGGUCCGGCGACACCUCAUAGGUCUUUCGUAUGAUGAACAGGAUCCGAACGCAUAGUCUGCAAUUUCUGACCGCUUCCGAGUGUCCGGUUGCCUUGGAUUUCAGUCACCUGUUGAUGUGGAUGACCACCCGCCAUGACGAUGAGGUCCUCGAUCCUCUCACGUGAACUUAGCAAGCAGAGGGGCUUGCUCAGGGGCAAAAAAGUUUCGACCAAGAGAAGCGAAUCUCCUUCUCCUGUGAAACCUAAAACUACUUUUCUGGAGUCGAGCGAGUUGGACAACAGCUUUAGAACCAACGCUUACCCCAGCACAGCAGAAAUCUUUCGGCUUUCCCAAGAGUUGGAGCUAUCUCCAGCCACCAUCAAAGCUGAAUUCCAGAAAAGAAGACAGUCCGUCCGAGAACGUAACAAGUUGUCGGACGACACCAUAAUCUACAGUUCCACUCUGCCCCACUUGUUCCUCUUGCUUCAUAUGCUAUGCAGCCGAUUCAACUGCACCCAACAGACCCUCCUCCAAAUCGCCGUUUUCAUUUUUUCCGUAUUCUCAGUCUGGUACUCUGUAUACAUUAAGAUCAGACACGACAACUAUAACCAAGAGCUCGUCUUCUUAGGUUGAUUCCUCCAUGUUAAUUUGAAUUAUUCUAAAUACUCUGUCAACGUCAAGAUCCUACAUGACACUACUCUCAAGGAUUAUUAUUCUUACUUGACUUUUCAAGGUUGAUUUAUAUGAUCUCAGUUACUCUGGCUGUACCAAUAUCAGAAAAGAUGAUUGAAUUCAAGAGUUUGGGUGAUACAAUCUGCCUGCAUUAAGAUGAAGCACAACAAUUAUAAUCAAGAAUUUGUUCUUAGUUUGAUUUCUCAAAGUUAUCAACAUCAAUAUCAAACAUGAUAACUAAGACCAAGAUUUUGUCUUUUUAAGAUGGUAUAAAUUAUGUAUGGUACACUCCGUCUACAUCAAGAUCAAACUCAACUGCUCAUGAAUACAUCUUCUUAGGCUGGUUCUUCGAGGUUGCUUUAAAUUAUCUUUGUUGCCUUGACUAUAUCAAGAUCAGGAACGACAACUAUGGCCGAGAAUGUGACUUCUCAGGUUUAUACCAGUUUUUCUGGUGUGGAAAAAUUGUCUGAAUCUCCUCUGCCAACAUCAAGAUCAACCAAACACAUCUACUCAAAAGAAUUCAACUUCCUUAGGUUGAAUCUUCAAAGAGGAUUUUUAGCUAGUUCCCUACUGACCAGAUAUAAUUUGUAAUUCAACUUGAAGUAGUGAGAAACAAAACUUGAAGUAGUUUAAAAGAAAACAAAACUUAAAUGUUAAAAACAUAUUCCAUGUUAAAUAAGAGAAGGAGAUUUGAAGUUGCGCUGGUUGAUUUACAAAAUAAAGAUUGCGUAAAAGCA